GGCGUGUGGAAGCGUCGCGUUCGCGUGUGACGUCAUGGCGCGCUCGUGAUCGCGCCGCCUCGCAGAGCGGAGGGAGACGCGGCGGAGCCGAGCGGAACAUCAUCAUGGCGAGCCAGUCGCAGGGCAUCCAGCAGCUGCUGCAGGCGGAGAAACGGGCCGCCGAGAAGGUGUCCGAGGCCAGAAAGAGGAAGACUCGGCGGCUGAAGCAGGCAAAGGAGGAGGCGCAGGCCGAGAUCGAGCAGUACCGGCGGGAGCGCGAGCGGGAGUUUGCUCAGAAGCAGCACACGGUGCUCGGCUCCCAGGGCGGCUUUUCCUCCGAGGUGGAGCAGCAGACGAAGCAGAAGAUCCAAGCCAUGACUAAGAGCUACCGCUCGAACCGAGAGCGAGUCCUGAGGGACUUGCUGACCAUCACAUGCCAGAUCAACCCCCAGAUCCACUGUAACUACCACUGCAGGGCCUAGCGGACUUGGGGGAACCAAGUUGCACCCCAUCCCAGCAUGACGUAAUCAAAGCUCAAAAGUGUAACAUCCCACAAAUCCAUUAAACUCCCUAAAAGGUGAAACUGAAAGAGCAGGGAUCAGUAAUGAGAGCGAGUUCAUAAAAAUAAAUAGGCAGGAGAGGAGUUGAAGAAAGGAACAGGUGGACAACUUGUGUGUGACAGGAUGUUCCAGCAGUACAAAUCUGGUGUCUGAUGUGGUGUGAUGUGGUGGCAGUCAAGACCUUGAGAGUUUGCACCCCAGUCGCCAUAGUGAUAAAUGAAACCUUGUACCAAGUGCUGUCUCCUGGUCUCCUGGUGAUCAGGGUGGCCAAGGCAUUGACUUGGGGCAGCGGCCCUUCGCUGAAUGUCAUGUGUCGUCAAAAGGUAAAUAGCUCAUGAUUUGAUAGGGGGGAGGGGGGGUCUGCAUGAGUAGCCAGAGGUGCCUGUGAGUCUGUCUGCAGAUGUCAAAGUGGCUUAGAUUGAACCCAGCCAUGCAUGCCAAUCACCGUGUGUGUGUGUGUGUGUGUGUGUGUGUGUGUGUGUACGUGUACGUGUACACAUAUGUGACUCUUUUUAGAUUCUGCUGCAUGGCUGCUUACUAAAGCCAUAAAUAUUGCCAAUGUAUAUGUUGUUUUUCUUAUAAUACUUGUAAUUAAUUUGAUGACAGUAAAUAUUUUCAAAGUCAGAGAGUAUAGAGGACAUGACCUGCGUGUUGUGUGUCCAUCGCAUCGACGCAGAUCAUCCUUUGCAGCGCACUUGUUUAUUCAGAGUAAACGUGGACGGCCCCGAACGCUCGUACCCGGACGCUCCACUGGUGCACUGACUCAGUGUGUCUCGGUCACUGUAAAAUGGGUCUGGGAGGUAAACGGCUCUAAUUCCCACAGUUGUUUGGAGAAAUCCUCCAUCGAUAUCUGCAUGCAAAGUGAAUUAGUCUUUAUGUUUAUGUUUUUUACGUGUGUUUUUGUGCUUCGGCGCGGUGUCCACUUGGGGACUCGGUGUUUAUUACUGUGCCGCUCAGCUUUGCAUAUUUGACCCUGAAAGUCGACAGCGGUAACGCUAAUGGAUACAUGUGUUUCACCCACUGGUGUUUCUGAAAAGAGGAUUCUGUGAUGCACUAUAUGCUGUGUCAUGUCUUGAUUGUAUUUUGUAAACGUAUUUUGCUUAUGUGACUGUAAAAUGCAUAAAUAAAAUAUAUAUUGCUCA